GGGGCCGUUUAAGCGGCCUCCCUCCCGCCCCCAAGCCGCCCGGUCUGGCCCCGGCAGCGUCUCGACCCCCGGCCUGGCCCCACUCUGGCCCUGUCCGGACGAGGGCUCUGCCUGGCACCCAGGCGGCCUCCGGAGUAGCCGAAGCCCAUGAGGGCCGCGCGCCCCGCCGCGGCUGCUGACGAGACGGAGCUCCGGGUCCCCGAGGAGGAGCGGAGGAUCAAUGCGGUUCCAGAAUCGAUUCCAGCGGUUCAUGAACCAUCGAGCCCCCGCCAAUGGCCGCUACAAACCGACUUGCUAUGAACACGCUGCUAACUGUUACACACAUGCAUUCCUCAUUGUUCCGGCCAUCGUGGGCAGUGCCCUCCUCCAUCGGCUGUCUGACGACUGCUGGGAAAAGAUAACAGCAUGGAUUUAUGGCAUGGGCCUCUGUGCCCUCUUCAUUGUUUCCACAGUAUUUCACAUUGUCUCAUGGAAAAAGAGCCACUUGAGGACAGUGGAGCACUGUUUCCACAUGUGCGAUAGAAUGGUUAUCUAUUUCUUCAUUGCUGCUUCUUAUGCUCCAUGGUUAAAUCUCCGUGAACUUGGACCACUGGCAUCUCAUAUGCGUUGGUUUAUCUGGCUCAUGGCAGCUGGAGGAACAAUUUAUGUGUUUCUCUACCAUGAAAAGUAUAAGGUGGUUGAGCUCUUUUUCUAUCUCACAAUGGGAUUCUCCCCGGCCUUGGUGGUGACAUCAAUGACUAACACCGACGGACUGCAUGAACUUGCCUGUGGGGGCUUAAUUUAUUGCUUGGGAGUUGUGUUCUUCAAGAGCGAUGGCAUCAUUCCAUUUGCCCAUGCCAUCUGGCACCUGUUUGUGGCCACGGCAGCUGCGGUGCAUUACUAUGCCAUUUGGAAGUACCUUUACCGAAGUCCUACGGACUUUAUGCGACACUUAUGACCAGAGUGUAGUGGGUCUCCAAGCCAGUAUUAUCUCAGUGGUGGCACUUGGGAGUGGGGUAAGAGCUGAAAAUUGCACAGGGAGAGGAAGAAGAAGACAACUGCACUGACUUUCUUUAUGUCUUUUGAAUAUUAAUUACUGUGAAAGUGUAGAAGAGCUGUGUUCUGGAAUUUUCCCCCUCACAGCAAAUAGUGAAUUAUCCAUUCCAUUCCACUAUCAUGAAGGACUCUGAAUAGACUUGGCCAACUGAUGUUUACAAACCAGAAUUUUGUAUUUUAAUUUUACAGAUUUUACUACAUGAUUUUUCUAAAUUACUAGGUCAGGUUGUUAAAGUCAGUGCAAUAACAAAGCUUCCUUUUUAAGAAAAAAAAUUAUUUCUAUCACUUUCCCAUUCGCUGUGUAAAGAAUCAUGGACAGAACUUACACUACUUUUACCAUGUUUCAUCUUGGAAUAACAUGGUUCUUUUUUAAAUAGAAACUUUUAGUUUUUUGUAAAUUUUUAAAAAAUAUUUCAUCGAAGCGCAUCUCUGCGGCUCCUCAUUCACGUUGUGAAUUUUUGCAGCAGUCAACAUUCCACAGACGAACAAACAUUAUACCUCUUCUGAUAGUCUUAUUAAGUGUGGAGAUAUUGCCAAUUUUGAAAACUGCAGUUUUCCAAACUUUUCUGCCAACCUCUAACUCUGGAUUCAUGCUGCUUUGGGCCAUAAACUUGACCUAGUUUGGUUUACCAGUGAUGGAGAAGUAUUUUGAUAUCAUUAACUUUUUCAAAAGAUCCAACUUCUCUCAAUGCCUUUGCCAUGUUGUCUUCAGGGUCUCUUUGAAGAGCAGGUGAACAUUUUGUCUGUGUUAGGGUAGUGCUGUGGAGUUGGCCGUCUGCUGAUGGCUCCUAAAGAGCAUUAGGAGUUACACUGAAUGGUGGCAUUGUCUGUUUGGUGCCCAACAGUUAAGUCAUCGUCACUUAGCUUUUAUUAUCAGUUUGAUGUUCAUUUUAAAUUAUGGAACUAGAUGUGUAAAUCCACAUUUCUACCUUUCCUCUGUAUCUCCUAAUAUAGGUUGUAUUUUUUUUUUCAUAAAAAAUAUUUAAAGCAUUGUGUGAUUAGUAGAAACUUGUGUCUGUAGUACAUGGGUUAUGUCCUGCCUCAGUGGAGUGAUAUUUAUAUAUUAUUUUGAGUUUUCCCUCAGUGUCUUAUAUUAAGAUUAACAUAUCAGAUUUAUUGAUUAAUCUUUCUUUUGGUGUUUUAAUAAACAAAAUAACCUUGCCUUUAGAUUGGGUGCCGAUAUUGCCCAUUUUCCAGGAAUGGGCUUGAUCAAUGGAAUUGCUGGUUUGAUGGUAAAGCUUAUUAAUUGAAAAUUUUGUACUGAUGUAGCUUUAAAAGAAAGUUUUUUGUGUGUAUAUGUUCAGAACUCUUGUGGAGAAUUACUUUGGAAUGAAGAACAUAUGAACUGAUAUUUGCUGGUGAAUUCUUAAGUAGGCAAGGUACCCGGUGACAACACCAAGCAGACCACCCCUAACUGCAUGAUUCUGAACAUCUGGAUGCCUGUUGUUUUACUGUGCAUAUUUUAUGUUUAAUAUAUUAACUUUCUGUGGAUUCAUUUGAAGUUUGCUCAAAAGUAACAUUGUCAGAACCACUAAAAUGUAUGUAAAAAUUGUGCUGUAGAUUAGAAUAAAAUUGUUACUUGGA